UAGCAUUUAAUCGGGAUGAAUCCCUUGGUGGCGUCCGCAGCGUCCAGCCGUCCACCCAACCACUCCUCUCCUCCCCGGUCCUCCUCCCCUUCCUCGGCAGAUCCGCCGCCGCCCGUUCCCAUGGGCCAGUGCCUCUCCGCCCCGCGCCACCGCAAGCCCCCGCCCCUGCCUCUGUCGCCCGCGCUGUCCGUUCCGCCGCAGAUCCUCUCUUCCAUCGCCGACGCCGUCGGGGAGGAUCACACCGCCGACCUCCCUGAGGAGCUCCUCGCCCUCGUCUUCGGUCUUCUCGGCUCCGGCGACCGCAAGCGAUGUUCCCUCGUUUGCCGCCGCUGGCUGGUCGUAGAGGCCGCCUCCCGCUUCCGCCUCGCGAUCGACGCCAGGGCAUCGCCGCUCGCCGAAUCCGCCCUCCCCCGCCUCCUCGCGCGCUUCCCCGCCGUCUCCAAGCUCGCGCUCAAGUGCGACCGCCGCGCCGAGAGCGUGGGCGACCCGGCCCUCGCGCAAGUUGCGGACCGCCUCGGCCCGGGCCUUCGGCGCCUCAAGCUCCGCUCCCUGCGUGCGGUCACCGACGAUGGGGUCGCCGCGCUCGCCGCCGCGGCCGCCAACCUCCGCAAGCUCUCCGUCGGAUCCUGCGACUUCGGGGCCAAGGGAAUCGAGGCUGUCCUCCGCUCGUGCCUCCACCUCGAGGAGCUCUCCGUCAAGCGCCUCCGUGGCCUCGCUGAGUCAGAGCCCAUCUCCGUCUCCAGCCCACGCCUUCAAUCUCUAUCGCUUAAGGAUCUGUACAACGGCCAGUGCUUCUCCUGUUUGAUCACUCAGUCGCCAAACCUCAAAACCCUCAAGAUUAUCAGAUGCGCGGGUAACUGGGAUAUCGUGCUCCAGGACGUUCCAAGGGAUUCUCUCCUAGCCGAGCUCCAUCUCGAGAAGCUGCAGGUCAGUGACUGGGGUGUAGCUGCCUUAUAUGGGCUCGAGGUACUCUACCUUGCCAAGGCACCUGAGGUCACUGAUAUCGGAUUAGCUGAGCUUGCUGCUAAGUCGCCACGCCUCCGCAAGCUGCAUGUUGAUGGUUGGAAAGCAAACAGGAUUGGUGACCGGGGGCUUGCGGCUGUUGCACAGAAAUGUUCCAGCUUGCAGGAACUGGUCCUCAUUGGUGUGAAUUUGACAUCAUUAAGUCUUGAGUUGAUUGCAACGAACUGCCCCACCUUAGAGCGGCUCGCACUGUGUGGGUCCGACACGUUUGGUGAUGCAGAGAUGUCAUGUGUCGCCUCCAAAUGUUCUGCUUUGCGUAAGCUGUGCAUCAAGGCAUGUCCAGUGUCUGAUGCAGGAAUGAAUAAGCUUGCUGAAGGCUGCCCACGCCUUGUCAAGGUUAAGGUGAAGAAGUGCCGUCGGGUGACCUCUGAGUGUGCUGAGCACCUCCGGGCUAGCAGGAAUGGAGCUCUUGCUGUGAAUUUUGACACACCUGGUGGAGCUGGUGAGUUGCAGGAUGGUCGGAGUGUGGAUGACAGUGGUGCGCUAGACAAUGCCGGCAGUGAUGUUUUGCCCGAGGAUUUGGAUGAUCGGAUAGGACCAGACCUUUCGAGUGGAAGCAGUGGCAGGCCAUCAAGAUGGAAAGCACUGAUGGGUGCUUUGAUGUUGAGGAGCUUUUCUGUUUCCAUAUUUCAAAGACAACCGCGUGGAGCCUGCUCUACAAGUCACGAGUCAUGAAAAUUGGAUGACAUGGUUAUUCCUUGAGCCCUUUAAAUUCUUUUAUAUUUGUAUGUUCAAUUAAUUGGUGCUGUUAUUUGUUGUAUCACUGUUUGUCGUUGUGGAUGGUACCAUGCUUGUCAUUCUGAUUUCGGUUAAAGAAUUUAGAUAUAUUGCUAGACUUGUCAGUUGGAGCAUACUUAUUAUUAAUUGUCCUAGCAACAGGGAUUCAUGCGAUUGCAUGCUGUAAUCUUCUUAGAAACAAUUGUUUGGGCUGAAAAAUAUGAUGUGGAAACAAGACUAUCAGAUCAUUUCAAAAGUGUGAUUUUUCUUGGA